CUUGAAUUCUUUGGUCCUUGAUCUGGAUUAUCCAGCGCUGAGGAAGAACAAGAACAUAGAUAAUUUUUUAAAUAGAUAUGAGAAAAUUGUGGAAAAAAUCCGAGCUUUACAAAUGAAAGCUGAAGACUAUGAUGUUGUUAAGGUGAUUGGAAGAGGGGCUUUUGGAGAAGUGCAGCUGGUUCGCCAUAAAAUGACACAGAAGGUUUAUGCAAUGAAGCUACUUAGUAAAUUUGAAAUGAUCAAGAGAUCAGAUUCAGCCUUUUUCUGGGAAGAAAGAGAUAUUAUGGCCUUUGCCAACAGCCCGUGGGUGGUUCAGCUAUUUUGUGCCUUUCAAGAUGACAAAUAUUUGUACAUGGUAAUGGAAUACAUGCCAGGUGGAGAUCUUGUAAACCUUAUGAGCAAUUAUGAUGUGCCUGAAAAAUGGGCCAAGUUCUACACAGCUGAAGUUGUCCUUGCUCUUGAUGCAAUUCACUCCAUGGGCUUGAUACACAGAGAUGUGAAGCCUGACAAUAUGCUUUUAGAUAAGUAUGGGCAUCUGAAGCUGGCAGAUUUUGGCACUUGCAUGAAAAUGGAUGAAACAGGAAUGGUGCGCUGCGACACAGCCGUGGGGACUCCCGACUACAUCUCGCCCGAAGUCCUGAAAUCGCAGGGGGGUGAUGGUUAUUAUGGACGGGAAUGUGACUGGUGGUCUGUAGGGGUUUUCCUUUUUGAGAUGUUAGUUGGUGAUACUCCUUUUUAUGCAGACUCACUAGUAGGAACGUAUAGUAAAAUUAUGGAUCAUAAGAACUCAUUGCAUUUCCCAGAUGAUGUGGAAAUCUCUAAGCAUGCAAAGAACCUUAUCUGUGCCUUUUUAACUGAUAGGGAUGUACGACUUGGGAGAAACGGGGUAGAAGAAAUAAAGCAUCACCCUUUCUUCAGAAGUGAUCAGUGGAACUGGGACAACAUUCGAGAGACUGCUGCUCCUGUUGUUCCUGAGCUUAGCAGUGAUAUAGAUAGCAGUAAUUUUGAUGACAUUGAGGACGACAAGGGAGAUGUGGAAACCUUUCCAAUCCCCAAAGCCUUCGUGGGAAACCAGCUGCCUUUCAUAGGAUUUACCUACUACAGAGAUAAUUUGUUGCUAAGUGACUCCUCUCAGUCUUGCAGAGAGAACGAAUCUGUGCAAUCUAGUAAAAAUGAGAAUAUGCUAUCCAAAUACAUCUGCUCCAGUGGAAAGUCUCUGGCUACAGAGCACAGCAAAGGGCCGUUUCAGAAAAAACUAAGCAAGCUAGAAGAACAGCUCAGUAAUGAAUUACAAGCCAAAGAUGAACUAGAACAGAAGUACAGGUCUACAAGUGUUCGUUUAGAGAAGAUAGCAAAAGAGCUUGAUGAAGAGAUAACUUCAAGGAAGAAUGUAGAGUCUGCAGUCAGGCAGUUAGAGAGAGAGAAGGCUCUUCUUCAGCAUAAGAAUACAGAAUACCAGAGGAAAGCAGAGCAUGAAGCAGAUAAGAAACGCAAUUUGGAAAAUGAGGUUAACAGUUUGAAAGACCAACUUGAAGAUUUAAAAAAGAGGAAUCAGAAUUCUCAAAUAUCCAAUGAAAAAAUCAACCAACUACAAAGACAGUUGGAUGAAGCCAAUUCUUUGCUGCGGUCAGAGUCUGAUACUGCAGCCAGGUUAAGGAAGAACCAAACAGAAAGCACAAAGCAAAUCCAGCAGCUGGAAAUUAAUAAUAGAGAGCUACAAGAUAAGAACUGCCUGCUAGAGAAUGCAAAACUCAAACUGGAGAAGGAGUAUCUCAAUCUUCAGUCAGCUCUAGAAUCAGAAAGGAGAGAUCGAAGUCAUGGAUCAGAAAUUAUCAGUGAUUUACAAGGUCGAAUAUCUAGCCUCGAAGAAGAAGUGAAAAAUGGAAAGAGUGCAUUAGCCAAACUGGAAAUGGAGAAAAGACAAUUGCAGGAAAAGCUUACAGAUUUAGAAAAGGAAAAGAGCAACAUGGAAAUAGAUAUGACAUAUAAAUUUAAAGUUAUGCAGCAGAACCUUGAACAAGAAGAAGCUGAACAUAAAGCCACAAAAGCACGAUUAGCAGACAAAAAUAAGAUUUAUGAGUCUAUAGAGGAAGCAAAAUCUGAAGCCAUGAAAGAAAUGGAAAAGAAGCUUUUGGAAGAGAGAGCUUUAAAGCAGAAAGUAGAAAAUCGGCUGUUGGAAGCUGAGAAGCAGCGCUCCAUGUUGGACUGUGAUCUGAAACAAUCGCAACAGAAAAUCAACGAGCUCCUUCGGCAAAAGGAUAUACUAAAUGAAGAUGUAAAAAACUUGACAUUAAAAAUAGAGCAAGAAACACAAAAGCGUUGCCUCACUCAAAAUGACCUCAAGAUGCAAACACAGCAGGUCAACACCUUGAAAAUGUCAGAGAAGCAGUUAAAACAGGAGAACAAUCACCUUCAGGAAAUCAAAUUAAGUCUGGAAAAACAAAACAAUGAACUCCGCAAGGAACGUCAAGAUGCAGAUGGACAAAUGAAAGAGCUUCAAGACCAGCUAGAAGCUGAACAGUAUUUCUCAACUCUCUAUAAGACACAAGUUCGAGAACUUAAAGAAGAAUGUGAGGACAAGACCAAAAUGUGUAAGGAAAUGCAGCAAAAGAUACAAGAGUUACAGGAUGAGAGAGAUUCCUUGGCUGCUCAGCUAGAGAUUACUUUGACAAAAGCAGAUUCAGAACAACUUGCCCGUUCCAUUGCUGAAGAACAGUACUCUGAUUUGGAGAAAGAGAAGAUUAUGAAAGAGCUGGAGAUUAAAGAGAUGAUGGCGAGGCAUAAACAGGAACUUACUGAGAAAGAUGCCACCAUAGCCUCGUUGGAGGAAGCAAAUAGGACACUGACCAGUGAUGUGGCUAACCUUGCUAAUGAGAAAGAAGAACUAAAUAAUAAACUGAAGGAAGCACAAGAACAAAUUACAAAGCUAAAAGAAGAAGAAGCAAAUGUAGGAAAUAUUAAAGCACAAUUUGAGAAACAGUUGUUGAAUGAAAGAACAUUAAAAACCCAGGCUGUGAAUAAAUUGGCUGAAAUCAUGAAUCGGAAAGGUCCAGUCAAACGUGGAGCUGACACUGAUGUACGGCGGAAGGAGAAGGAAAAUAGGAAGCUGCAUAUGGAACUGAAGUCUGAACGAGAAAAGUUAACCCAGAUGAUGAUCAAAUAUCAGAAGGAAAUAAAUGAAAUGCAGGCACAAAUAGCAGAAGAGAGUCAGAUACGGAUUGAACUGCAGAUGACUCUGGACAGCAAAGACAGUGACAUUGAACAGCUUCGUUCCCAGCUGCAGUCACUGCACAUUGGGCUGGACAACAGUAGCAUAGGCAGUGGACCUGGAGAGGCUGAGGCAGAUGAUGGAUUCCCUGAAUCAAGAUUGGAAGGCUGGUUAUCAAUGCCUGUUAGAAAUAACACUAAAAAAUUUGGAUGGGUUAAAAAGUAUGUAAUUGUAAGCAGCAAGAAGAUCCUGUUCUAUGACAGUGAGCAAGACAAAGAACAAUCUAAUCCCCAUAUGGUAUUGGAUAUAGACAAACUCUUCCACGUCCGACCAGUCACUCAGACGGAUGUGUACAGAGCAGAUUCCAAGGAAAUUCCUAGGAUAUUCCAGAUCCUAUAUGCUAACGAAGGAGAGAGCAAAAAGGAACAGGAAUUUCCUGUAGAGCCCAUGGGAGAGAAGUCAAAUUACAUUUGUCACAAAGGACAUGAGUUUAUACCUACUCUUUACCACUUCCCAACCAAUUGUGAAGCUUGUAUGAAGCCACUGUGGCACAUGUUUAAACCUCCUCCUGCUCUUGAGUGUCGCCGCUGCCAUAUCAAAUGUCACAAAGAUCACAUGGAUAAAAAAGAAGAGAUUAUAGCGCCUUGCAAAGUGUACUAUGAUAUUUCUACGGCGAAGAAUUUACUACUGUUAGCGAAUUCUACAGAAGAGCAGCAAAAAUGGGUGAGCCGACUGGUGAAAAAAAUACCCAAGAAGCCUCCAGCACCAGACCCCUUUGCUCGAUCUUCUCCCAGAACUUCCAUGAAGGUACAGCCAAACCAAUCCAUCAGACGACCAAGUCGACAGCUUCCUCCAAACAAACCAAGAUUACUUGAUCUGGCUUUUAAGGACUGGGAUUGGUCCUUUGAUGAUGUUGAUGAUAUUGAUGGUGAUGAUGAUGAUGACGAUGUUUUUGAUUUCUGAAGAAGUAUAAGGGCUAACUGCUUUCCGUGAAUGCAGACACAGUCAAGGUGAUAAUUUUCUUCCUGUUACAGCAAGACUGAAACAUAUCUCAAAAUAUAUUAAAAAUAUAUAUUUUCCUGAGAGAUUGUGCUAUAUAUAUCAGAGGUUUACAUUUUUGCUGCAAUAUAAAUUACUAAUCUCUGAGGGUUUUCCUGUAUUCUCCUGAGUGACUGAUCAGUUGAGGAAUGGUUGGUAAAUAGUCAAAGGAUAUGUUAAGUAACCUUUCAAACUCUGUUCCACAAAAGCUUUCUUGGCAAGACAUAUACACUACAUUUCAUAAAAGGAUCAAGAGGAAUGAGUAUUGAAAUGGAAGAAACUGACUUUUCAGCUUUCGUAAAGAUGCCACCAGCACGUCUGCAAGUAGAACCAGAGGAAGAUCCACCAUAGUGAUAUAGACUGCAUCUGUAAGAAGUGACCAUUAUACUGUGUAUAUAUAUUGUACUGUAAUACUGCAAGAGGGUUUUAAAAAUCUUUCCACUUUAUUUUUUUAUGCUUAUUAAUCAGAUACCGUUACUUAUUGCAGUUGCAACUAUGCACUUGUAUAAAGCCAUAAUGUUGAAGUUUAUAUCAUUCAUACACAUCUAUCAGAAGCUGCAUGUCAGUGUUCAGCAGCUAGUAUAGGUUUGAAAUAUAUACUAGUUUCAGCUACGUCAUCAUGGGCAGUCCCCUUUUACCUAAUUGCCUUAAUUUAAUUUGUUUUCAAGUUUUUGUUGCCCAUUCUUUCUAUUUAAGGAAAAAGAAAGUUUACUAGCUCUUAGGAUGCAGUUUUGCUUUGUGGCAGAAAAAAUAGUGCACUAUUUUUACACCUAGUAAGUUUAUCAGUUUCAACCUAUUUUGAAUGUAUAUCGACUGGUUUUAAGGGUGGAGAAGUGUUGGUUACAGAAAUAAUGUCUGAGAUCAUGGGAAUUUACCAGACCAUUUGCUUGUACAUGUAACUGCUCAUCCAGCCCUUUUUUACAAACCUCAGUACUAGUUAUUGACUUAUAUUAACCCUCAUUAAGUGCUAUGAAACUUCAUUUUGCCUUGUUUUUGCAUACUCUCCUAGAUGUGGGGUUUUUUUUAUUUCUGGAAAAUAAAAGAAUCUGUGACUAUUUUUACAUUUCACAACACAAUAUCCGAGGACUGUCACAAACUUUAAGAAAAGUAAAACAUACUGUAGAUGUAUUUUAAAGUUGUAAUCUGGUUCUCUAGCACAUAGCUGUAGGCAUAGAUAAAUAUUUCAGUAGUGUGUUUUGAGAACUGAUAGCUGGGAAGAAAGGGCCUCAGAGGCACUUAAUCUGAUUUUUUUUUUAAACUUGGAGUUGUACAAAAAAAAUAAUUUAUGUGGGCUCCUUCAUGAUGUGUUCAUAAUUAUCCCAGAAAAUGCAUGUUUUAUACAACUACAGUAUGUGAUGUUAAACAUAUUGACAGUAAAAAAUGUA